GCCUUUUGACACAGCUCCCGCCAUGGCCGGCUGGUAGGACCGCUGUCCCAUGCCCAGAAGCCAGUUCAGAAUGACUGAAGAAGCACGCCGAACACGGAGUCAGAAACGAGCGCUUGACCGGGACCCAGCAGAGGACGAUGUGGAGAGCAAGAAAAUAAAAAUGGAGAGAGGAGUGUUGGCUUCAGAGUUAAACGCUGACGGAGACAUGAGAGUGACGCCUGAGCCGGGAGCAGGCCCAGCCCAAGGGUUGCUGAGAGGCGCAGAGGCGAUGGCCAUGGGCAGAGGCGAAGGGCAGGUGGGCGAUGGGCCCGUGGACGUGCGAACCACACCCAGUGACAUGAAGUCCGAGAGGAGAGCCCCUUCGCCCGACGUGAUCGUGCUCUCUGACAACGAGCAGCCUGCGAGCCCGAGGGUGAAUGGGCUGACCGAGGACGCCUUGAAGGAGACCGGCACUGAGGCCCUCAUGAAAAGCAGUCCUGAAGAACGAGAAAGGAUGAUUAAGCAACGAAAAGCAGAGUUAAGAUCAGAAGAAGCAAAACUCGUUUUAUUGAAAAAGUUGCGGCAGAGUCAUAUACAAAAGGAAACUACCACCCAGAAGGCCGCAGGCGCCACUGGGAGCUCUGUGACCACCCCUCCCCCGCUUGUACGGGGCACCCAGAACAUUCCUUCCGGCAAGCCAUCACUUCAGACCUCUUCAACUCGGAUGCCUGGCAGUGUCAUCCCACCACCCCCGGUCCGCGGCGGGCAGCAGACGUCCUCGAAGUUAGGGCCACGGGCGAGCUCACAGGUCGUCAUGCCCCCACUCGUCAGGGGUGCCCGGCAGAUCCACAUCAGACAACAUUCCAGCACGGGGCCACCACCGCUCCUCCUGGCUCUCCGGGCAUCUGCGCCCAGUGUGCAAAUUCCGGGACAGAGGAUCCUCCAGCAGGGCCUCAUCUGCGUCGCCAACGUCCCCAACACUAGUCUGCUCGUCAACAUCCCACAGCCCUCCCCAGCGUCGCUGAAAGGAACGACAGCCACUUCUGCUCAGGCCAACUCCACCCCCACCAGCGUGGCCUCCGUGGUCACCUCUGCUGAUUCUCCAGCCAGUCGGCAGGCAGCCGCCAAGCUUGCACUGCGCAAACAGCUGGAGAAGACGCUGCCUGAAAUCCCCCCACCCAAGCCCCCCGCCCCUGAGAUGAACUUCCUACCCAGCGCUGCCAACAACGAAUUCAUCUACCUGGUCGGCCUGGAGGAGGUGGUGCAGAACCGGCUGGAGACGCAAGCGGGCAGGAUGUCAGCCGCCGUUGUGCUGUCCCGGGAGCCCUACAUGUGUGCACAGUGCAAGACGGACUUCACGUGCCGCUGGCGGGAGGAGAAGGGCGGUGCCAUCAUGUGCGAGAACUGCAUGGCGUCCAACCAGAAGAAGGCACUCAAGGUGGAGCACACGAGCCGCCUGAAGCCCGCCUUCGUGAAGGCGCUACAGCAGGAGCAGGAGAUGGAGCAGCGCCUCCUACAGCAGGGCGCCACCCCCGCGCAGGCCAAGGCCGAGCCUGCUGCCGCCCCACACCCUGCGCUGAAGCAGGUCGUAAAACCCCUGCGUAAGUUGGCGUUCCGCUCAGGAGAGGCCCGCGACCGGAGUAACGGGGCUGUGCUACAGGCCUCCAGCCAGCUGUCCCGGGGCUCGGCCACAACGCCCCGAGGCAUCCUGUACACGUUCAGCCAGUCACCCAAACUGCAGAAUGCAGCCUCGGCCACAGCCCUCGUUAGCAGGACCGGCAGACAUGCCGAGAGAGCCGUGAGCGCUGGCAAGGGCAACGCCACCUCCAACUGGAAGGAGGCGCCCCUGAGUACAGGCGGGGCCCUUGCAUUUGUCAGCCCGAGCUUGGCGGUGCACAAGACCUCCUCAGCUGUGGACCGCCAGCGGGAGUACCUCCUGGACAUGAUCCCACCACGCUCCAUCCCCCAGUCGGCCACGUGGAAAUAGU